AUGGAUCAUUACAGAAGUAUACAUAAAGAUGAAGACGACGACGAUGACGAUGAUGAUGAUAAUGAUAACAAAGAGAAAGGAUAUGAGAAUGAUUUCUACUUUGUUCAAAACAAUAAUAACUACUAUAAUCAUCAAUACAACAAAGAUAACGAUGAUGAUGAUGAUGAUGAAAACGAAGAUUAUGACAACCUUCCAAUGUAUACACCAACUGCCACAACAACAACCACAACAACGACAACGACAUCAUCAUCAUCAUCAACUGCAAAUUCAAUACUUGGCAAGAGGCUGAGGGACAAUGACGAACAGGUUGUUAUGGACAACAACAACAUUAGCGCGAGUGACUCGUCGACGAGUUCGAACAAGAAGAUCAAGAUCUCUGUACAUAUCGAAAACCCAGGCCUUCAAGCGGCCAUCUCUGAGUUCAAACACACUGCCGACAUUGAGAUUGGCCGACUUUGUCGGGAUGGCCUGUCAAUGAAAAGCGCUGUUCAGCAGCUCGUCGUCAAGAUUCAAGACUCAUCAAUCUCUGCAGUUCACCCAUCAACUAUCACGUCGUCCUCAUCCUCCCCCACAUCAGGGACACCGAGUGUGGCACCACAAUCGGCAAAGGAUCUAAAGCUUGUCAUGGAUUUAUGUGGCUUCACCAAGGAGGAGGCCACAAGGAUACUUGUGCUCAAGAAUGAGAUUGUCUCUUUGAAGAAUCAUGGAUUCGAUCAGGCCUCUGCCAUUCAUGAACUCUCAAAACGACUAAAGAAUGAUCGUGUCGCCAGCAUCA